UGAAACGUUUGCCCCCGCUACGAAGACGAUCGCGCAACGACAACGGCUGGCAGUUGCUUUUCUGGUGGCGAGCGCAAUCGAAGGAACACAACACAACGGAUCGUGACCAUUUUCGCGUUCAAUUAAAAUCGGUACCUCGUGGCGAACGGUGGUGUGUGCGCGGCCGGAUUUUUGCGGUGUAUUUUGGCAAACGGGCUACUACUAUCUUCUGUCGGCGCGAUCGACCGAUCACUUACUAGUCACCAGAUCGCGCUUCGCUUCUUUGUCACUUUGACGGAAAGUGUUCUUAUGAGAGGAAAGAUUGCUUUUAAAAAAUUUCAAAUAUUGUGUCGGAAAAGAUAUAGAAAGAAAGUGAAAUUUGAAACCAUUGGUGGUGUCUUUGCCGGCAUUCCAAAGUGUACGGUUAUAAGUAAAAGUGAUAAUAAAUCGAUAAUAAGGUGUGUACAAACCGCCACGUGCUUUACUUCCUCCCUCGGUGUCGUGAUCCGCAGAUCGUUCCAAGAUCGUACGUACGUGCAGUGAGAGUGAAAAGCCAUCAAAAGCGCACAUCAUCGUCAGCGUGGCGUGUUUGAGAUUUUACUUUGCAUUGCACCCGUAAAGCACAUCGCUUUCGAUUGUGUCGCCGGAGGAAGAAGUCCCAUCCCAUCAUCAUCCGAAACGAUUUAUCCGAACACAAUAGCAGUUGGACGACGAUUUUUCCCUCACUUCCCGAGCUGCGUCGUUUGGAGCUGAUCGUAUUUUGCAGCGAUUGUGUGGCUGUGUGUGUGCGGUGUCAGUGUUGUGUGUGUGCGGAUUAACGUACUUACAAAAUAAGGAAACAGAUCCUGACGCAGAUAUGGUUGGGCAGAGAAUAGCAAACUCUUUACUGAAGAGAUCCGCCUUUUCGUCGGCUUUGAAUGUGCUGCCCAAUGAGGCGACGGCGGCUACGGCCGCCCUGCUAGAGCCAACGAUCCAGCAGCAGCAGCAGCAGGCGGUUAACGAACAGUUCUCCCAUGCCAGACCGUACACCGAUGUGCCGGGUCCGAAGGGUUUGCCGAUGAUCGGGAACUCGUGGCGCUUUGCUCCUAUAAUUGGUCAGUACAAGAUCGAGGAUCUGGACAAGGUGAUGCAGGAUCUGCACCGGCAGUACGGCCGGAUCGCGAAGGUAAACGGACUGAUCGGACAUCCGGACCUGCUGUUUGUGUUCGAUGCCGACCUGAUACGGGACACGUUCAAGAAGGAGGAAGUGCUACCACACCGGCCGGCCAUGCCUUCGCUGCGCAACUACAAAUCGAAGCUACGGAAAGACUUCUUCGGUGACAACAUGGGGCUGAUCGGUGUUCACGGCGAAAAAUGGGAUGCCUUUCGGGCGCAGGUCCAGCAGGUGAUGCUGCAACCGUCAACGGCAAAAAAAUAUAUCGCACCGUUGGACGAAAUUUCUUGCGAUUUCAUGGACAGGAUUCAAGAGAUGCGUGACGAAAAUAACGAGCUGCCGGGAGAUUUUCUGCACGAGCUGUACAAGUGGGCGCUAGAGUCAAUCGGACGAGUCGCACUCGACACACGUCUCGGCUGUGUGUCGAAGGAUGGUAACGACGAGUCGAAGCGCAUCAUCAACUCCAUCAACACCUUCUUCUGGACCGUGGCGGAGGUCGAGCUGCGGAUGCCAGUCUGGCGCAUCUACGAGACGAGCGCGUACAAAAACUACAUUGGCGCUUUGGACACAUUCCGAGAACUAUGCAUGCGACACAUCAACAUUGCGAUGGAAAAGAUGAACAGCAGCACCGAGCAGAAGAGCGAAGAGUGUAUCUCGCUCGUCGAACGUAUCCUACAGAAGACAAACAAUCCAAAGAUUGCGGCAGUGCUGGCGCUCGAUCUGAUUAUGGUUGGCGUGGAUACGACAUCCGUUGCGGCGACAUCGACAAUUUACCAGCUCAGUCAGAACCCGGACAAGCAGGAGAUCCUGUUCAACGAGAUCAAGCGCAGCAUGCCGUCUCCGGACACCAAGUUCACGAUAUCGAUGCUCGAAACCAUGCCUUAUCUUAGGGCCUGCAUCAAGGAAACGCUGCGGAUGUAUCCGGUCGUUAUCGGAAAUGGGCGCAGCUUACAGACAGAUGCCGUCAUCGGUGGUUACCACAUACCGAAAGGAACGCACGUUAUUUUCCCCCAUCUGGUCGUUUCCAACCUGGAACAGUAUUUCCCCGAACCGGACCGUUUCGUGCCGGAACGGUGGCUAAAGCGUGGUGAGCUUAAAGAACACUCCGGUUGCCCACAUGCUGGGCAGAAGAUACACCCGUACGUGAGCCUUCCGUUCGGAUACGGACGGCGGACCUGCAUUGGCCGACGGUUUGCCGAAUGUGAGCUGCAGAUACUGCUCUCGAAGCUGUUCCGGCGGUACCAGGUGGAGUACAACUACGAGAAGCUUACGUACAAGGUGAAUCCUACCUACAUUCCCGACAAGCCGCUCAAGUUCAAGCUUACCGAGCGAACGAGCUAGGGUAAGGUGGGAUAUGUCCGUGAGCAUACAUGCCAGUAUCCGAGUACCAGGUGAACCAACAUUCGUUAGUCUAAGCUUCUGUACAUAAACCGGUAAAUAUUAAAUAAAGUAAUGUAAGACAUUAUAACG